GAAGCCGGAGCGGGAAGGAGGGCGCAUGCGCAGAUCCCAACCCGGAGGGGAGGGGAGGUUGAGUCACGGGAGUCGGAAAAAAGAAAGCUGAGGCGGGAAGGAGAGCGCACGCGCAGUUCUAACCCCCGGGCUGCGGGACCUGUCUGUCCAACCCCAGCGGACAUGACCUCGUAGCUGGUUCCGUACAUCCCGGUGCUCAUACGAUGGAGGCAUCUUUAGGGAUUCAGCUGGAAGAGCAGCAACCUCCAUCCCCCUCACAAGACCCGUUUCAGGCCGAUGGUUCCCUUAAAAAAUAUCAGCAGAAUUACAGACUCUCAGCUGGAAAAUCGCAGUCCUCCUUCAGGGAACGUAAUCAGGUGCAGUCGACGGACCAAAGUCGGAGCCUCAGCGGGUACAGCUGUGCAGGAGUUAAAAAAGAUAUUGAAAAACUUUACGAAGCCGUGCCACAGCUUGGUAAUGUAUUUAAAAUUGAGGAUAAAAUCGGAGAAGGCACAUUCAGUUCUGUUUACUUGGCCACAGCGCAGUUACAAAUAGGACCUGAAGAGAAAAUUGCUCUGAAACAUUUAAUUCCAACCAGCCAUCCAGUAAGAAUUGCAGCUGAACUUCAGUGCCUUACCGUAGCUGGGGGCCAGGACAACGUCAUGGGAGUUAAAUACUGCUUUAGAAAAGAUGAUCAUGUGGUUAUUGCUAUGCCGUAUUUAGAGCAUGAAUCCUUUCUGGAUAUCUUGAACUCUGUUUGCUUUGAUGAAGUACGGGAAUAUAUGUUUAAUCUAUUUAAAGCAUUAAGGCGUAUCCAUCAGUUUGGCAUUGUACACCGUGAUGUCAAACCUAGCAAUUUCCUGUAUAAUAGACGCCUGAAAGAGUAUGCCUUAGUAGACUUUGGCUUGGCCCAGGGAACCCGUGACACGAAGAUAGAGCUUCUCAAAGUCGUCCAGCCCGAAGCCCAGCGAGAGAGCCGUCCACAAAUCAAGCCUCACAGAGUCACCGGAACCAAGGUUUCUUUGGCUCUACCAGAACCUAAGGAAGGAGCUCCACACUCAGCUCUGAAAACGUCCGUUAAAAGGCCCUACUCCCACUCACAAAUUCAGAUUAAACAAGGAAAAGACGGAAAGGAAGGAUCUGUAGGCCUUUCUGCCCAGCGCUCUGUUUUUGGAGAAAGAAAUUUCAAUAUACACAGCUCCAUUUCACAUGAGAGCCCUGCAGUGAAAAUUGUAAAACAGUCAAAGACUAUGGAUCUCGCUUCCCGAAAGAUGACAAAGAAGAAGGUUGUUUCUACUAAAGGUCUGAAUAGUGGUGUGAUGAGGAAAGCUGGCAGUGCUUGCCCAACUAAUUUGACCUGUGAAUGUUAUGCAACAGAUAAAGUUUGCAGUGUUUGCCUGUCGAGGAAGCAGCAAGUUGCCCCUAGGGCAGGAACACCAGGAUUCAGAGCACCAGAGGUCCUGACUAAGUGUCCUAACCAAACUACAGCAAUUGACAUGUGGUCGGCAGGUGUCAUAUUCCUUUCUCUGCUAAGUGGACGUUAUCCAUUUUACAAAGCGAGUGAUGAUUUAACGGCUUUGGCACAGAUUAUGACAAUUCGUGGAUCCAGGGAAACGAUCCAGGCUGCUAAAACUUUUGGCAAAUCAGUAAUCUGCAGCAAAGAAGUCCCAGCGCAAGAUCUGAGAACACUCUGUGAAAGACUCAGGGGUACGCACUGCAACAGUCCCAGACAGACGGGGGAUAACGAAGAGCACGAUCCUCGGGAUCCAAGCGGGUCUGUUGGAACUGAUGAAAGAGCAGAGUCGGAUCCCCAGAAACAGAUGCCAGGGGAACUGCUGAAAAACUGCGCUCGAGAAGGUGACCGCGAUGAAUCGGAAAUGAAGGUCACCGAGACGGAUUUGAAAGGAUGGGAUGACGUUCCCGACGAAGCUUACGAUCUGCUCGAUAAGCUUCUGGAUUUAAAUCCGGCCACGAGGAUAACCGCUCGAGAGGCUCUACUGCAUCCAUUUUUUAAAUCCGUGAACUUGUGAUCGGACCCUCGGUUGACGUGGCGUUUACCUGGCUACUCGCUGAUGUGAAAUAUCAUUAAAGUCCUCGUGCUAUUUGUAAUUGCCAGGCAUCUUUAAUUAGGGGCCAGGUGCUAACAAUUCAGUCUUCUCUUUUAAUAGCGAUUUUUCUGUACUGUCUGUAGCAAAGUCUUGCUAUAAACUUAGAGAUUCAAAAAAACAACUUCAGGCAGCUUGGGGGUCGCGUCCUCGGACUGGUUGACGUUUCUCGGGUCACGUCCACCGAAGCUUGGUGGGAUAAUAAAGGGCUGUCCGGUGGUUUGUGAGAAGCGGUUGUCUCGGGGCUAGAAGCACAGAUUUUGACAGUAGCGUGUUUUAGUUGUUACCCGAGGCCUAGAAAUGAGCCUGAUGAUUCAGUUUCACCCAUCCUCCCAAUAGGCACUACUCUCUUAAUGGAGCAUUUUCAAAACAGGCUCGGAAAAUGGGAUCCCAAGUCCUCGACAGUUUUGCAGAGUGGAGGAUUUCGACGUCCCGGGGCAGUUCUCUAACCACCUUUUAUGAGCACUAAAAUCAUUCAUUUGCUAAUGCAUCUCGAUGAAAGCGUUCCCUCUAAUUGAUCUUAGUAUCUCUUGUGAAGGUUUUGUUCUGGAAGUAUUUUGGGUUUUCAGAUGGAUGCUUUUAGUCAAAAUGUUUCCUUGGUUUCCUCCUCCUAGCACACUUGCCUGUACACACAUUCCACUUGUGAUUAAAUGGUCCCCAGCAUCAAAAUGGUGGGGGCCUUUACCAAAAAAAAUAAUGGAAGUAGAAGAGUAGACAACACUAAUUAAGGAUAAUGCGUGAGUAUGAACGGAAAUGAGUCUUGGUAGCGAAAGCAGGAAAAGUAGUCCUGGGCCAUGGUAGGAAGUGUGUGCUCUGGACUCUCUUCCCCUUUCUCUCUAUACACCCUGCCAGUUUUCUAUCACGUGGCCAACUCCCUGUUUAGAGUUAGGUAAAAAAAAAAAAAAAAAAAGGCAAAAAACAUAGCCGUGGUGAAGAGAGAACAAAAAGAGUCGGGAAAAAAAGAGUUAAAAAUGAAUCUAGAGGCUCUAAAUCUGAUAAUCAUCCUGGAUCUCUAUCACGAGUGUGGCAUGAACCUUAGAUCUCUAUCUAAAUGAUGACUCUGAGUUUUAGUAGCAUUUGAAUUUUUAUUUGGUCCAGUGUGGACUCGAUGAGAAGACCUAGAGAGAAAUCAAAGGGGGAGGUUGCCAGCUAAAAAACAUACAGACCCCUGUUGCUUAUAUUGCAAUUCCCUUAACAUCAAAGAUUCUGAAUUUAGAGACCAGAGGUGUGCUGCUCUGGCUUGGAGAGUGUGAAUCCGAUCAAAAUUUUUCCAGGUGGUUAUAUAGUGGGGAAACGUUUUAGAAAUAUUGAUUCUUUUCUUUGAGAUCCCUCCGUAGAUAUUCAUUUUUAGAAAAAGUGGUGGAUGGGAGAAUAGGGCAUAAUGACUUUCAAAAAUACGGACCUUUCUCUAAAAGAAAUCUAAGGUAUGGGAUCGUGCUCCCAAACCAUCACGACCAUUGGUUUUAUGUUUAUUUUCUUGCGAUAUUUAAAAAACUCGAUAUGAAAAUAUAUAUUUGUAUAUUUAAUAAAAAUCUUAUUUUUACA